AUGCACCAGGAGGCUCUCACUAAGGCUCUUCCAGGAGACAAUUUCGGAUUCAAUGUUAAGAAUGUUGUUGUCAAGGAUCUCAAGUGUGGUUUUGUUGCAUCCAACUACAAGGAUGACCCUGCCAAGGAAGCUGCCAACUUCACUUCCCAAAUUGACAGACGAUCCGGUAAGGAGAUUGAGAAGGAGCCAAAGCUUUUGAAGAAUGGGGAUGCAUGUAUGGUUAAGAUGAUUCCAACAAAGCCCAUGGUGGUGGAAACUUUUGCCGAGUAUCCUCCUCUUGGUCAUUUUGCUGUGAGGGACAUGAGACAACAACUAAGGACGUUGCCAAUAGUAUUGUCAUUUUGUUUUAAUGAUUACUCUCAUAACUGUCCUUGA